CGGCUGGCCCGCGGAGUGUCACUGCUUGACGCCGGCCGCGCGGAGCGGCGCCUGAGGACGCCGCGUGCGGAGAAGAGGGAGGCGUCCCGCCCUCCCGCCUGAGGCGGAAAUCCCCCGCGUCGGCCUCUGCCGGGGGCCGGAGGAGUGAUCUUCGCGCCCAGCCGCGCUGCCGCUCUGCUAUUGGAGGACGCUGAGGCGGAGGCCACGCCCCUCGCCCGCGAGGUGAGGGCGCAGGGGCAGCAUGCCAGCAGCCUCCAUGGCCCAAGAUCCAGAAAAGCUUCAAGCAGAGGUGGAGCGACUGGUGGCUGAGCUGCAGGAGGCAACCCGAGAAAAAGUCCAGGCUGCACAGUAUGGACUGGCUGUGCUGGAGGAAAAUGGCGAGCUCAAGCAGCGCUGUGGUGAGCUGGAAGGCCAGUUGGAGGUGCUACGCAUGGAGCUGGUCCACAUGAAGGAGGCUUUAGCAGAGUCCCACAGCAGUCACAAACGGGCAGCAGCUGACGGCGAGAGCCGAGAAGAAUGUCUGCUCAGAGAAACUGCUUCCAAAGAAGCCUGCCUGACUCAGACCAUUGAGGAGCUUCAGAACAAUGUGAAGCAUCUGAGAUCCCAGUUGGACAACAAUGGGGUAGAAAAUGAGCGUAUUGGUGUGGCUCUGCGGGACUUGAGGAAGGAACGUCAGAUCCUAGAAUCCGAGAAGGCCCGGCUAUGUGAGGAGAUGAAACAGAUCAAGACACGGGAGCUGCGUCAGUUGCAGGACUGUGCUGAACUUGAAGAGGAGAACAUCUCUCUGCAGAAGCAGGUCUCCGUGCUCAAGGGCAGUCAGGUGGAGUUUGAGAGCAUCAAGCAUGCCCUUAGCUGCCGAGAGGAAGAGCUGGUGCUUGCUGGGACUCAGCUGCUGGAGCUGGGUCGACUCCGGGACCUGGCAGAACACCAACUUCAGGAGGCACUAGAGGCUCUGCAGGCAGAGCGUGAGCAGAAGCAGGAAUUGCGGCGAGAGCUGGCCAUCUGCACAGGAGGGCGCCAUGACUCCCUAAGCAGCUUGCAAGCCAACCUAGAAGAGCUUAACCACAGCCGUGCAGAGGAACAGGAUAGUGGCUUUGCCAAUGCCAGCAGCAUUGGGAGCAUGGCUUCCACACCCCACAGCAUCCGGCCUGCACCUGGUCUUGUGGCAGACCUCUUCAGUGAGCUUAACUUGGCAGAGAUUCACAAACUGCAGCAACAGCUGCUCCAGGCAGAAAAUGAGAAGGCCUCGCUUGCCUCAGACCUGCAGGACCUUAAGAAACAGCUGAGCAGCACCCAGGAGGCUCUAGCCCAGCAACAGCUGUGCAACAACCAUGAGGUGGAGCAGUUUCAGACCCUGGAUGCUGGCCCUAGCAAUGGCGGGGACCACCCAUCACCCUGUAAGAGGGAGCGCUGCCAUGAAGAGUUAGAAAAGGCCCAGCUGGCAGCCCGGCAGGAGAGGGAGGCAGCCGCUCAGUUAGAAACGGAGCUGCGGGUUGCCCGAAGGAUGGCACGGGAGAGUCAGUCACGGCUGGCGCAGGCCCAGGAAGAGCUCCUGGGUUUUUCUGAGGAGAUGGCCGCUCUGUAUCAUCAUGUCUGUGCCUGCCACAGCAUCACCCCUCAGCGUGUUGUGUUGGACUAUUACCGGGAAGGUCUUGGAGCCCGGAGCAUGUCCAGAAGACGGUCCUCCCGAAAACUCCUACUCACAGAAAUGGAGACAAGCAGCAGUGGGGACCAGUCCCCAGCCAGCAGCCCCAGUUCCCCCUGUGGGUUGGAGCCCCUCAAUGUGGCCAACCUGACUGCCGUCUUGCGAGAACAACUAGGGCACCUGCAGGUGGCUCUCUCCCUGGUGCAUCAGCAGGGCCUGAUGGGGCAUGGUGCUGAACUGGAACGUGACAAGGAGGCGCUGGUGGAGGAGGUGCUGAAGCUGAAGUCCCUGCUGAGUACUAAGCGGGAGCAGAUUGCCACCCUGCGCACAGUACUCAAGGCCAACAAGCAGACUGCAGAGGCCGCCCUCUCAAACCUUAAAGGCCAGUUUGAAGGUGAGAAGGUGCUGGUGUCGGAGACCAUGGCCAAGCUGCGUCAUGAGCUGAAAGCCUUGAAGGAGGAUGCUGCUACUUUCUGCUCCCUACGCGCCAUGUUCGCCAGCAGAGAUGAGACAGCCAGUAUCCAGUGCAGGAUUUCCAGGCACUUCUCAUUCAUUCGGUGUCUUCCAUUGUGGUCACAGAACUCCAUUUAUUAUUAUUAUUAUUAUUAUUGCAUAACAUGGAGAAGCUUGGCACCUGCAAGCUGUAACCCAUCAAGAGGAACCCUGUGCCAGCAGCAGGCCUCCAGCCAGUGUUUGCUUCCUGCCCUCGUGCCUUAAGAGUUAUGCAAAGAUACACACACCUUUUCUCUGUUUGCCUCAGUGCUGACUUUCCUAAGCGCCUCUAACACUGUGCCUUUUUGUGAGACACUGAUGUCUGCCUUAAUGACCAGGGCUGCCUGCUUUGGGUCUGGCUGUGAAAAGAUGGGUUCUUCCCUUCCCCUGAAUUUCUUUGCCCUGCUGUACUCUCCCAGGCCCAUCACUUCUCUACCUGUCUCCCCAUGGGGUUUUGCACAUAGUUAAUGACUACAUUGCUGACUGCAUGGAUUGUGGGGAGAAGGAAAACUAGCCCCAUGCAGCCAUGCAGCCAUGUUGUGAGAUGGACCCAGCAGUGUCUCCUGUUAGCCUCACCAUCCUGACACCAGCAGUAUAAGAGUAUGAAACAGUUUACUUUGUAGUCUGGAGCAAGAUGAGCCCUGGUUCUUUGCCUCAAAUAAAUAAUUGAUUUCCCUGCA